GUAUGGACACGUUUCGCCAGAAAUGUCACGGUGAAUCGUCCUAGUCCCCGGGAGAAAUGAGUUUACCCACCGUGAGUGAUUACUGUCUGCUGGAAAAGAUUGGCACCGGAAGCUAUGCGACUGUGUACAAAGCGUUUAAAAAGGAUGGGAAUCGAGAGGUAAUCGCUAUCAAGUGUGUGGAUAAAGGCUCGCUCUCGAAAUCGGCAAUCGACAAUCUCGUGACGGAGAUCAAACUGUUAAAUGUCUUGAAACACCAACACAUUGUAGAGAUGAAAGAUUUUUUCUGGGACGAAGGGCACAUAUAUAUCGUAAUGGAGUACUGCGACGGCGGAGACUUAUCGAGUUUUAUAAAAAAAAGACACAAGCUACCCGAAAACAUUUGCCGCAGAUUUCUGCAACAACUUGCAUUAGCUUUGAGAUACCUGCGUGAUCAUAAUGUUUGCCACAUGGAUCUCAAACCGCAAAAUUUAUUGUUGAUGAAGAAACCCCAACUGGUGCUCAAGGUUGGAGAUUUCGGUUUCGCACAGUACCUCUCGAAUUCAGAGCACAAAUUCACGAUACGCGGCUCACCUCUUUACAUGGCACCCGAGAUGCUCCUGAAACAUGAAUACGACGCUCGUGCCGAUCUGUGGAGCGUCGGAGUGAUUAUGUACGAGUGCCUUUUCGGAAAAGCUCCCUACUCUAGCAGUAGUUUUCAAGAACUAGCGGAAAAGAUCAAAGCUAGCCGACACAUAGAGAUACCGAAGGCAGCUCAUAUUUCGGCGAUGUGCAAAGAUUUGCUCAUGGCUUUAUUGAAGCAUAAUCCUAGCAAUCGGAUAACGUACGACGAAUUUUUUGCGCACGAAUUUUUGGAUUUGGAACACGCACCCACCAAAGAAAAUUACGAGAAGGCAGUAGCGUUGGUGCAUAGAGCUGUUGAAGCGGACGCUGAGAAAAAUGCAAAGGAAGCAUUUUGUCUCUACUGCGACUCUCUUAGAUAUUUCAUUCCAAUCUUAACGAACGAAACUGAUUUAAAGCGAAAGGAAUUAUUACGACAUCGCGUGAAUGAUUACAUAAGAAGAGCAGAAACGCUUAAAGUAGCAUUCGUGGACGAAACCUGUUCACUGAAAUCUGAAAAUAAAGGAAACACUUGGUCUUUGCAAAAAGUACCGUCCUUAGAGGAAAGCACAUACACAUGCAACGAAUUACGGAUACUCGGUAAAAGUACUCCAGGUAUGACGGAUGCACUUGAAAUAGGAGAAGCUGGUGAGCAAUAUCUCGCCGAGGGUAACUACGCUCUGGCUUUAGAAAAAUUUCAGUCUUGCUUGAGCGUACUUGUGCCCCUACUGGGUAAGGAGCCGUUAGGCCGAAGAAGAGAUUUGCUGCAUAAGCAGGUACAGAUUUGGAUGAAAGAGGCUGAAAGUACCAAAGGACUUUUAGCUACCAAGGAUAUAGAUUCUUCGCAGCGCGCUUCAGACGAACAAUGUAUAUUACAAUAAUUAAUGUACAAUUGCCACGAGUCUAAUUGUACAUAUUUAAAAAAGUAUAAGUGUCACAUAUGAGUAUAUAAUUUUUAUUGUCACAUUUUUCUACUUCUUACAAAUUUGCCAUUCCAUGCUCUGUAUCAUGUAUUAUAUCCUAUAAUAAAUAGUUUGAUAUUUA